CGUUUUUGACGUUAUUGAAGUUUCCCUCCCAAACAUCCUAAAUCUCGUCUUCGUCGCCGCCGCCGCCGCCGACGCCGAAACGCCGCACUCUCCAGCCGCUUGCCCGGGAACGCACCCAAUUUCAAAAAACGGCUUCCGUUUCUCAUCCCUUGGCCUAACCAAACUCCUCGAUUCCCCGUUCUCGUCUCUCCUUCACUGAUUCCAUCCUCGAAAAUGGCUUUCAUUUGCUUUUAGGGUUUGUAAAAUCAAACCCAUUAGUUUCCGAACCCAAUCUGUACCAUUUAUUGUUCUACUUUAUCCAAUUCAUCAAUAUGGCUAUCCGUUUCACCGUCAGUUUCUCGGGCUACGUUGCCCAAAACUUAGCCUCCACCGCCGGUUCCCGUCUCGGUUCUUGCCCUUCCCGGUCAGUCCACGAAUGCUGGCUCCGGUCUCGUUUCCUUUCCCCCAAACAAAAAUCCGACGUCGACCCAUCCCCUCCUCGUGCCUACCACGCCACCGCCGCAGCCGACCUCCGCCGCCCGCGGUCGACCAUGUGUUCGACCCUAGCUGCUGAAUUCCUCAAAGACGGUUACAAUAACCCAAUCGUCGUUGCUUUGAUCUCGUUAAUGAAGUCAACGGCUUACAGCUCUUGUUCCUCAUCUACCAGUAUGGGGAUCUUACCAUUCAAAGUCGCUUCAAUUAUCCCUUUCCUUCAAGGUUCCAAAUGGAUGCAGUGUAACGAAUCCCCUCCGGUCGGACCGGAGAGUACCGAGGUGGAUAAAGGAGGAACAAACGACGAUGGUAAUCAAAGCUUAACCUUGGAAUUAGAUCCCAAAUCCUUUGUUAAAUCCAGUUGGAUUACAAAGAUGUUCAAUUCACGAUCCGAAGAUGCCAAGGCAGCUUUCACUGCCGUCACCGUUAGUAUACUUUUCCGAUCAUUUUUAGCUGAGCCAAGAUCGAUUCCUUCAUCUUCUAUGUACCCUACACUGGAUGUUGGUGACCGCAUUUUGGCUGAGAAAGUUUCAUAUUUCUUUAGAGAACCUGAAGUUUCAGAUAUUGUCAUAUUCACGGCACCUCCCAUUUUGCAGGAAAUCGGGUACAGUUCAGGUGAUGUGUUUAUAAAAAGGAUAGUUGCAAAGGCCGGGGACUGCGUCGAAGCUCGUGAUGGGAAACUGUUGAUAAAUGGUAUUGAACAAGAUGAAGAUUUUGUUCUAGAGCCUUUGGGUUACGAAAUGGAACCAUUGGUUGUGCCAGAAGGUUACGUUUUCGUGUUGGGAGAUAAUCGUAACAAAAGUUUCGAUUCCCAUGAUUGGGGCCCGCUUCCCAUCGAUAACAUAAUCGGGAGAUCAGUAUUCCGCUAUUGGCCUCCAUCCAAAGUUUCAGAUACCAUACAUUAUACACAUGUUGGGAAAGAUGCUGUAGCAGUUUCUUGACAUCUGAGAUAACUUAAAAAAGACUCGGUACUUACUCGGCUCAUGUCGAGCAUCUUCAAAUACCCAUCAGACACGGAAUAGGCCAGAUUCGGCAGAAUCAAGAGAAGAAAAAAUCCGGGUUCAUCUCUGUUUCCUGAAAAAAGCCUUUUUUUGUUGCUUAUUUCAUGCUAGAAAGUGGGGGCUGCCCUUGCGAAAAUGGUUGAAUUGAAGAGAUCUUUCAAGGUUGGUUGAUAAGAAAGAUACAAGGAUUGUGUAAACAUGAAGCAGGUGGAUUAUAUCAGAUUUCAUGGCUGGAAGAAGGAGGAACUUUGAGGGCUAACAUUUGGAAUCAAGCAAAUGAGGUGUUGAAAGUGGAAAAAGGAGGCUGUUGAAUUUUUAUUACAACCAUGCUUUUGAGAUCUUUUGAAUCUGAAUUAUCUUUUUCUAAUAUUCAUAUGUAUUGGUGUUGGUACUUGUUGUUUCAUACUUUUGCGUGUUCCAUUGUUUGAAACUUUCAUUUUCCCAAUGCAAUUCAUUCAAGUGUGGUAUAA